UUUUAAAAAUACCUCUCGUGGUAAUCGGCAUUUCGCAUGUGGCUUCCGUCGUAGUGUGUUGAUUGGUUAUCUCAUAUUGGUUAGCUCAAAUUCAUUUAGAAACAUGACGAAAGUUCCAUUCAAAGUUGCCGAUCUUAAAUUGGCAGAAUGGGGCCGCAAAGAUAUCGAGUUAUCCGAAAACGAAAUGCCUGGUCUUAUGGCCCUUCGUCGUAAAUAUGCUCAAAGCAAACCCCUUAAAGGCGCCAGGAUUGCGGGAUGCCUCCACAUGACUAUUCAAGCUGCAGUUUUAAUUGAAACUCUUAUUGAACUAGGAGCUGAGGUCCAAUGGGCAAGUUCCAACAUAUUCAGCACCCAGGAUCAUGCAGCUGCCGCUUUAGCUAAGAGAGGGAUUGCUAUAUAUGCUUGGAAAGGAGAAACAGAUGAAGAAUUCAUAUGGUGCAUUGAACAAACCUUAGUUUUUCCAAAUGGAAAACCUUUGAACAUGAUUUUGGAUGAUGGUGGUGAUCUCACUAACUUAGUUCACGAUAAGUAUCCACAAUAUUUGAAAGAUAUUAAGGGCCUAAGUGAAGAAACUACUACAGGUGUGCACAACUUGUAUAAAAUGCUUAGGGAAAAAAGGCUUAAAGUGCCCGCCAUUAACGUCAAUGAUUCUGUAACAAAGAGUAAGUUUGACAACCUUUAUGGCUGCCGGGAAUCUCUGAUAGAUGGCAUAAAAAGGGCAACGGAUGUCAUGCUUGCCGGCAAAGUAUGUGUAGUUGCUGGCUACGGAGAUGUGGGUAAAGGUUGCGCUCAAUCAUUGAGGGCUUUGGGUGGAAGAGUCAUUAUCACGGAAGUUGAUCCAAUUAUUGCCCUUCAAGCUGCUAUGGAAGGUUAUGAAGUGACAACGAUGGAAGACGCAAGCAAAAGGGGUCAAAUAUUCGUCACCACUACUGGUAAUAUAGAUAUCAUCAAAGGGGAGCAUUUGGCCAACAUGAGAGAUGAUAGUAUCGUAUGCAACAUUGGACAUUUUGAUUGCGAGGUCGACGUGAAAUGGUUAGAAAAAAACGCAAAAUCCAAAGUAAACAUUAAGCCACAAGUGGACAGAUACGAACUCCAAAACGGCAAUCACAUCAUUCUCUUGGCAGAAGGUCGUUUAGUAAAUUUGGGAUGCGCCACUGGCCAUUCUUCCUUCGUGAUGUCAAACUCGUUUACCAACCAAGCUUUAGCGCAAAUUGAGUUGUGGACAAAGCCAAACGAAUACGCCGUUGGGGUGCACACUUUGAGCAAGUUGCUUGACGAAGAAGUGGCCAGAUUGCAUCUGGACCAUUUGGGUGUGAAACUGACUAAAUUGUCACCUGAACAGGCCAAAUAUAUUGGUGUGUCGGUUGAUGGGCCUUUCAAACCGGACCACUACAGGUACUAGACCGUCAUAUCCAUCUUUUUCUAGAAUCAUUAAAAGCAAGCAUAAAUCUUGUACAUCAAUGUGUCAGUGGUAAUAAAUAUCUCUGCUAUGGGUUUUAAGCUGUGAAGUAAAAUAAAUUG